AUGACCAGUACCUUUAAGGAGGAGGCCAGAGGCCUGGCCACUUCCUCUGCCUCGCCAUCCACACGGGACUUGGGCUCUCAUUGUGGAGAUGUCCUGGACACAGAAUCCUCUGAGAAGACAGCUAAGAAGCCUUUGGGUUCCUACGGAUGGGGCGAUCCCGCUGCUAAGUUCUCCCAGAGGAGCCCAUACCUCUCUUCUCGAGGAAGUGUCAUCAAAUGCUUUCGGGAUGCAGCUGAGGAAGGCUAUAAGGCCUACCAUUUGGAUGAAUAUGAUGAGGACAAGAACCCUCAUGGGAUUAUUAACUUUGGUACCAGCGAGAACAAGCUCUGCUUUGAUCUUCUGUCCAGCCGGCUGAAGCAGGAGGACAUGCACCGUAUUAAGCCUCCCCUGUUGCAGUACCCUGACUGGAAAGGACACAUGUGCCUUCGGAAUGAAAUAGCUGGCUUCCUGUCCUACUAUUGCAAGGCUCCUGCUCCUCUCAAACCAGAGAAUGAGGCUUCUUUCUGCGUGGUCCUUCGUGGAGCUCGGCUGGGCCAGGCAAUGCUUAGUGAUGUUCUUCAGGCUGGCUGUGUUCCGGUUAUCAUUGCUGAUUCCUAUAUCCUGCCCUUCUCAGAGGUUCUGGACUGGAAGAGGGCAUCUGUGGUUAUCCCUGAGGAGAAGAUGCGAGACAUGUACAGUGUGUUGCAGAGCAUCCCCCAGAGGCAGAUUGAGGAGAUGCAGAGACAGGCGAGAUGGUUCUGGGAAGCCUACUUCCAAUCAAUGAAAGCUAUUGCCAUGGCUACCCUUCAGAUCAUAAAUGACCGGAUCUACCCAUAUGCUGCCAUCUCUUAUGAAGAGUGGAAUGAUCCCCCAGCUGUUAAAUGGAGCAGUGUGAGCAACCCCUUGUUCCUUCCACUGAUCCCACCACAGUCCCAGGGCUUCACUGCCAUCGUCCUCACCUAUGAUCGAGUGGAGAGCCUCUUCAGAGUCAUCACAGAGGUUUCCAAGGUGCCCAGCCUCUCCAAGCUGCUAGUUGUCUGGAACAAUCAGAAUAAAAACCCUCCAGAAGAUUCUCUUUGGCCCAAGAUCCGGGUUCCUUUGAAAGUUGUGAGAACAGCUGAAAACAAACUGAGUAACCGUUUCUUUCCAUAUGAUGAGAUUGAAACGGAAGCUGUGCUUGCGAUUGAUGAUGAUAUCAUUAUGCUGACUGCUGACGAGCUACAGUUCGGGUAUGAGGUUUGGCGAGAGUUUCCCGACAGGCUGGUGGGAUACCCAGGUCGCCUGCACCUCUGGGACCAUGAGAUGAACAAGUGGAAGUAUGAGUCUGAGUGGACCAAUGAAGUAUCUAUGGUCCUCACAGGAGUAGCCUUUUACCACAAGUAUUUUAAUUACCUCUACACCUACAAAAUGCCGGGAGACAUCAAGAACUGGGUGGAUGCUCACAUGAAUUGCGAAGAUAUUGCCAUGAACUUCUUGGUGGCCAACGUCACCGGGAAAGCUGUCAUUAAGGUGACGCCUCGUAAAAAGUUCAAAUGCCCAGAGUGCACCGCCAUCGACGGGCUCUCCCUGGACCAGACGCACAUGGUGGAAAGAUCUGAGUGCAUCAACAAGUUUGCCUCGGUCUUUGGGACCAUGCCUCUCAAGGUGGUGGAGCACCGGGCGGACCCAGUCCUCUACAAAGACGACUUCCCUGAAAAGCUGAAGAGCUUCCCCAACAUCGGCAGCCUGUGAAAGGUCCCACGGCAGGGGGCCGAGUCUGCAAAGAAGCUCCAGGGAACCAGGGACCCCUCAGCCAGGCCUGUCAAGGCGAUGUGGCGGCCGCACCACACUUGCCUCCUUCCCCAAGAGCCCAGGAGCCCACCAGGCAGGCCUGGGCUGUCAGAGCCGACACGAAUUAGGCUCUCUGGUGGACCCAUUUAAAACACAAGAUGGAAGGCCGAGUCCAUAGAAUCUAUACUGGCUGCAGACCAAGACUCGGGGACCUCUGACUUGUGACUGCCUGUCGGCUCUCGCCUUGACAUUUGCAGGCUUACCUGCCUCACUUUUUAGCUUAAGGAAAUCGUGGAAGACGGCAUCCUCAUCUCACUCUUACUUUUUCCAAAUCAGUAGGUUCUUUGGGGAAAAGCCCCGAACUGUGUUCAGAUACCAGAUAGCAGAUCAUGAUUUACAGAUGCUACAUUGGCUGCAGCCUGUGGUUGUGGGACUUGGUUCAAGAGGAGGGGCUCAAAGUCCCUUGUGUACCAUGUACCAUUGUUCCUCGGUCUGGGUUUUUAAUAUAAAUAAAUUUUAUUUUUUACCUUUU